AUGAAUUCCGCCACUCCAGGUGUGCCCCAGGUGCCGCUGCUGGAUGAUGACACCAUUGCAUUUGGAGAAGAAGAUAAUGCCAAUAAGCAAUUUGUCCAUCCAUACAUAGUCUUCUUCCACCUAAUAUUUAGAAGUUCAGCUAUUGUUGUCUACAUAUUAUGCGGUUGGUUCUCGGACUCGUUCAUUGCUAGCUUCGUUUUGGUAAUAUUGCUGUUGUCAGCUGACUUUUGGACUGUGAAAAACAUUAGUGGUCGACUGUUAGUUGGAUUAAGGUGGUGGAACUAUGUGGAUGAUGAUGGAAAAUCACAUUGGGUCUUUGAAUCAAAACAGAAUCGUGUGAAUCGUAAUGAGAGUCGUCUGUUUUGGUUGGGACUCAUACUAUGUCCUAUGAUCUGGUCAGGAUUUUUUAUCAUCUGCCUCUUUGGGCUUAAAUUUAAGUGGAUGCUCCUUGUCCUCAUUGCGUUGACCCUCACCGGAGCGAAUCUCUAUGGUUACGUCAAGUGCAAAUUUGGCGCGAAAGAGAAUCUUAAAUCGGCGACCACAGACUUCGUGAAGAAACAGAUACUACAGAAUGCAACAUCAUUCAUGUUUACACAGCCAGCACCUCCAACCACAAGCAAUACGGGCGUUGUA